AACUUUUAAGUAUUAUCCCCACCUGGUCACACUGUCGCUUGUUCAAUUUCGCUUUGUUUACAUCAGAUGAUUAUACUAUAAUUUAUCAUUUUUCCGAUGUUUGCUGUCCAUUCGUCGAAGCAGGUGUCUUGAUCUGUGGCCGCAACAACAGCUCCCUGUGAUGCACCUGUCGCCCGGGCAACUGAAAGUGGUGCUCAUUUUGGCCCUGCUGCAGGAGCUGCAGGUGAAGCCGCAGUGGAAGGUGUUCGAGGAGCUCUUCGAGAAGGAUCUGCGUUUGUGUCCUGACUGUUUCUUCGGACAAAGAGAGCUGUGCGGCGAAAUCUUCAACAGAAUUGCAGAGCCUUCGGAUUGGAGUAAACUUCUGAAAGCCAUUUCCUUGCUCGUUGAUCGGCGAGCGAUUUAUUUCCUAAGGCUGAAAGACCAGAAUCAGGUGGUGGCCAAGAGAAAGAUCAUUGAUGCUCAGAACCAUGAGAUCAAAGAUGUGGAGAAAGCAUUCUACGAACUAGAGGAGCGACCUGGUGGCUUCCAUCUCUGCCGAACUCCGUUAGAGAAACCCCGCUUCGUUUCGUACUUGGAGCAGCGUGGACAUGCCUCCGCCAGUGUGUGGUUCUACAUGAUGCACUACGUCAGUCCGCUGCUCAUGCAGGAACUGUACCUGCAAGGCUUUCCAGUGCCUACCACCUACGCCUCCUGCGGUCUCACACAUUUCCAAUCCUACGCCGGACGUACUUUGACUAAUUACUUCGAAGCCGAAGAAGGUCUGCGUGUGGAGCUGGCACUCCAGUUGAUCCAGCUCUCGCUCAAGCUGUCUUUUGGCUUCUCGGACUUUCGCAUUAUAUUAACCGAUUUCACAGGCGAUAAUUUCGCUUACGACGAAGACUCCAAAAAGGUUUACCUCAUUGAUUUGGACUCCGUGGUGCUGGUGGACAUUUCAUCCGCAGCAGGCCAAGCCGAAAAAUACGAGCCUCUGCCGGGCGAGGGAUUUACAUUCGAUGUCUCGGCUUUCUGCUCCGGCCACCAGCUGGAUGCCAAUAUCUACCAGGCGUGCCUUCUGCUAAGGGAUUACUUGCUUAAGAAUUUGGACAACGAAAGGCUGCAACUGCUCUUGGAGCAGUGUGUGGCAUGCCAAGAUGACUUCUGUGAUAUGCGUUUCCAACACGCUUACGACCUAAUAAAAGUGCUCGAUAGCAAAAAUUAGAGCCAAUCGUUGGAGA